AUGGCGGCGGCGCGGGCGUGGGUGGUGGUGGCGGCGGCGGCGGCGGGGCUGCUGGGGCUGCUGGCCGGGGCGGCGCGGGGCGGGAAGUAUUCGCGGGAGACCAACGAGCGGCCGAGGGACGGGGAGUUCCGGGUGCUCAAGCUCAACCAGGUCUGGGAGAAAGCGCAGCGGCUCCAGCUCUCGGCCGUGAAACUGGCCGAACUCCACAGCGACCUGAAGGUCCAAGAGAAGGACGAGCUCACCUGGAAGAAGCUCAGGGCGGACGGCCUGGACGAGGACGGAGAGAAGGAGGCCCGACUGCGACGCGAUUUCCACGUGAUCCUCACGAGAUACGGGCUGGACGGCAAGAAGGACGCCCAGCCGGCGGACACCAACUUCAUCGACGGCGGCUCGGAGAGCGACGUCCUGGACGACCCGCGGCUGGAGAAGCUCUGGAACAAGGCCAAAACGUCCGGGAAGUUCUCCGGCGAGGAGCUGGAUAAGCUGUGGCGAGAAUUCGAGCAUCACAAGGAGAAAGUCGAGGAGUACAACAUGCUCCUGGAGACCGUGAGCCGGAUAGAAGAGAUCCACAAGAACGCGAUCGGCCCGGCGCACGAGGUUCCGGUGAAGGAGGACGUCCUGCAGGGCAAGCACGCCGACCUCAAAGACAAGCUGCGCAGCAUCCACCAGGGCUUCGACCGCCUCCGCACCGUCAGCCACCGGGGCUACGACGCCAGCAGCGAGUUCGAGGAGCCGCGAGUGAUCGACCUGUGGGACCUGGCCCGGACGGCCAACUUCACCAAGAAGGAGCUGGAAUCUUUCCGGGAGGAGCUCAGACACUUCGAGGCGAAGAUCGAAAAGCACCAGCACUACCAGAAGCAGCUGGAGAUCUCCCAGGAGAAACUGAGGCACCUGGCGGGCACCGGCGACAAGGAGCACCUGAGCCACAACAAGGAGAAGUACGCCCUGCUGGAGGAGAAGACCAAGGCGCUGGGCUACAAGGUGAAAAAGCACCUCCAGGACCUGUCCACCCGCAUCUCCAGAGGCCUGCAGCACAACGAGCUCUAAAGGGGGAGAUCCUCGGGUCGAACCGGGCGGACCCCGGCUGCGCUCCGUGGGGUCCCGGGAAGGACGCCGUGACCCCCCCCCCCGCCCCCCAAAUGGACCCCGGAGGCACAGCUCCGUCCCCCGGCUUGCUUCACGCGCCGGAGCCUCUCUUCACCUUCUUCUC